GCAUCGAUCUCUGAGAUCCGACCCCGCCUAUUCCUUGGGAAUCUUUCCUCCAUCCUCGAUCCCCAAACGGUGCGCAACCACAACAUCAAGGCUGGCAUCUCAUUGAUCGGUUACCCUCUCAAGGUCUGGUCCACACCGGAGUUCGCGCAGCAAAUUCCACAGCACAGCUACUUCGAAUGUUUUGGCUACGGUGGCCAAGACAUCUUGAAGCUGAUGUCACCAUGUUGCGAUCUCAUUGAUCAAUACAUGUCCUCUCCCGGUGGAGUUGUUGUCCACUGUGUGAAGGGAUGGUCCCGCUCUGCAUCUAUGGUCAUUGCCUACGUCAUGCGUAGGCAUCGUCGCAGCUGGAGAGAGGCUGGAAAGGAAGUGUUGAAGAGAAGAGAGAUCUGUCCAAACACACAUUUCUUGGAGCAGCUUCGCGUCUGGGAGGAGGUCGAAUACAAUAUCUGGGAAGAUGAGGACUCGGUGCUCCCU